GGCCAGAGGCAUCACAUUCACACGCCGAUCCACCGCCACCUGGAGCGAUACUGCUAGCUACGACCAUGGACGCCAACGCCGAUGCCCGCUCCUCGUCCUCGCCCAUGCACAUCGUCAUCUUCCCGUGGCUCGCGUUCGGGCACAUGAUCCCCUUGCUGGAGCUUGCAGAGCGCCUGGUGGCGCGCGGCCACCGCGUCUCCUUCGUCUCCACGCCGCGCAACCUCAGCCGGCUCCGGCCGGUCGUCGGCGUCCACUUCGUCGCCCUGCCGCUGCCCCGCGUGGACGGCCUCCCGGAGGGAGCCGAGGCCACCUCCGACCUCCCGCCCAGUCCCGGCAACCUGGCCGAGCUUCUACUCAAGGCCGCCGACGGCCUCGUCGGCCCAUUCUCCGCCUUCCUCGACGAGGGCAAGAAGCCAGACUGGCUCGUCCUCGACAACCUCCACUACCUGGCAGCGGCCGCCGCCGCCGACCGAGGCGUGCCGUCCGUGAUGUUCCUCCCCUUCGCCGCCGCGUCGACCGCGCUCUGGGGCGUGCCGCGUGUGUCCACGGUGGUGGACCCAGAGCUAGGGGCGACCGUGCCCCAGCGCUUCGUGCUAACCUACCAGUGCUGCAAGAUCGUCGCCCAGCGGUGCUGCGUGGAGUUCGACCCCGAGGCCGUGCCUCUGCUGCCGGGCGUCCUGGGCAAGCCGUUCGCCCCUAUGGGCCUGCUGCCGCCGCCGCCUCUGAGGGCGAGUUCGAAUAAUGAAGGUGACGAGCUCGUGUCAUGGCUGGACCGGCAUCCGGCAAAAUCCGUCGUCUACGUCGCGCUGGGAACCGAAGCGCCGCUGACCACCGAGCUGGUGCACGAGCUGGCCAUCGGCCUGGAGCUCGCCGGUACGCCGUUCCUGUGGGCUCUGAGGAAGGUCGGCGACCAAGACGUUCUUCCUCCGGGCUUCGAGGAGCGCAUCAAGGGCCGCGGCCUCGUGGCGAUGGGGAUGGUUCCGCAGACCAGGGUGCUAGCGCACGGCUCCGUGGGCGCGUUCCUCACGCACAGCGGGCCGGGCUCCGCCAUCGAGGGGAUCCAGUAUGGGCAUCCCCUCGUCAUGCUGCCCUUCUUCGGAGACCAACAGACGGGGGCUCAGUUCAUGGAGAGGAAGAAGGUCGGUCUGCUGGUGCCGAGGAACGGGGAGGAUGGACUGUCUUUUGACCGGCAAGGCGUCGCGUCCACGGUCCGGGCCGUCGUGGUGGACGAGCAAGCAGGACGCGUCUUCGCCGCCAAUGCCAACAAGUGGCAGCAGGUUGUCGCGGACACUGCCUGCCAUGAGAGGUACAUCGAUGAGUUCGUUCAGCAACUCCGAUUCUACAAGGACCAGUGAAGUGACUCCAUGGCUAAUGGAGGCGACAAUGACUCGUGCGUACGUGCAUCACCCUCCGUCGAGUCGGAGAUUCGUUCCACGUUUUAUGGUUUCGGCAAAGUUUGGCUUGUUCCGUAAUGUUGCUGUUAGCACGGUGUGUCAUGUGUGCGUGUUCAUGCUCACCGUGCACGUUCUCUUGGGUACGUCUUUCGAGUUAUGAUGUGAAAAUAAACUCAUGUGAAAAUCGGUCCUACCCCAAGUUGAUAAGCCAACAAAUUCUUUUCA